GGCUCUGGCUUGGCUCUUGCUAAACAAAUAACAUGAGUCUUAGAAAGAGUAAACUUGACCUACUUGUCCGCGUCCGGUAUUCGAAUCCACUCCCCGCGCCUCCAUGUCCUCCAAAAUUACUCGAUAUCCCUACAAAUCCCUUGCGUUAUGCGCACCCAAAUUUUAUUAAUACCAUCACCAAUGAUACACCUCUCCCAAUGAUCAUUGACGCCGAGUGUGGGAUGCCCUUAGAUCUUGGGUUGUGGGAGUGUCUAUGGGAAGAAGGUGGUAGUGAUGAUACACUGAAUCCUGACCCGGAUAACUUACCAUCCCUUGACCCAAAGGACCGGUUCUUAUUGGGUGAUCCCUCAACGUCUGCUGCACCCUACACCAACAGUUCCUUACCCACAACGGGGACUUUGGCACCACUCCCUCCACACGUACCCUGGCUCCGAAAAACGGAGUACCUCAGCCGCGAAGGCGUACAGCGUACUCCAUCAUCACAGGAAUCGAAACAACUUCUGCAAGCCAUUGAUGUCUCGCAUGAGGCACAACUUCGCACCAUCGAGGCCGGCUUCACCGCUUGUACAUCCCUCGACCUAACCAUACUCUCUCAUCCCAACAAGACUGGCGUUACCGCUGUUGAGUCAUACGAUGUCCUCCCAGAUGCUGACAUCUGGGCGAAUGCGUACGACUUGUUCCGCUUUAGUGAGCGCCCAGGUGAACGACCUGUAGAUACGGAGGACCCACGGCUGGACUGUGCGAUUCUGCGUCCGAUGGAAAGCGACGGUGAACAUUUUCUUGCCUACUACUUGACGAAGGACGACCCCGAUGCUUUGGAGUUCAAGGAGGAUCGAAUGGCAUUGAAGAGCGGCGAGGAAAACAAGUCAACUGCAUUUCACUUCGUACGCGACUAUGAGACCGUCAAAAUCGAACAAGAAGUGCCCAAUGAAUUUUUACUUGUCCUAGACAAUGGGGACACAGGUGAGCGCGGGCCAGGCGCAUAUUACAAAAAUAUCGAACGCAAAAUGACACUUAAGAAGAAGCGGAUGAAUCAAAACGACACCUAUGCCGACAAAUGGCAAGUCGUGCAUAUUUCGCACGUGGCCAUGAGCAGCGACGAACUCGAGGAGCGCAAUGAGGCUCUCGCGGAGGUCGUAGAUCCAUUGUACCUCUUCUCACGUGACGCUGAGGGUGAGGCAGACGCAGAUGGCGAAGUGGAUGUCGGGGGAAUAGAGAUGGGUGCAGAAGGUAAUGCAGAAGGAGAUGGGGGAAUCAUGGCUGAGAUAUUUUGAUUUCGUCUCGAUUAUGGGUUCUUUGUCGCCAUACUCACAAGUGCGGCGGGGGCCGGGGUGAUUCUUUGCAGUGAACCCCACACGUCAUGUCAUGAUCUUUUGUUCUCGUGCUGCGG